UUCGGAUGUCUGUUCCAGCUUUCAGCGAGAGCGACAGCUUCAAUUUUGGUCCCAUCAAGAGCGCAUAUAGUCUCCUAACCAGCUAUCAUGGACCAUCCACCUGUAACGAGCGCGCCAACAGCGAACCCCCGACUUCCUUUUGACCCUUCAACACUGCCUAUCGCACAGCUGGAGUCUCUCAAGUUCAAGGCAAACCAGAUAAUAGAAUCUAUACAGCUUCUCCAGCGUACAGUAGAGCUUGGUGGCCAAAACGCCAUGCUGGCAUGGCCAGACAUCCUAUCCAAGUACAACAUUCUCCUCUCUCAAUCACAUAACUUGUCCAACUCUUUACUCGGUACGACGCAGUCCAGUGCAUCGAUACAUGCCACAUCUGCGGGGAGCCCAUUUGAGAGACUUGCGUUGCAUCCCAGUAUCCCCAUGUCCGACUCCCAGCUCGACAACGAGCUGAUACCCCUCCUGCGCAAUCAACAAACGACCGACGUUUUGAAGUUGGAGAAUGAAAUUGUUCGCCAUCUCUCCGAAUACAUGGUCACGAAGGGUUCCCUUGGCGUUCUUACACAAACGGGCCAGCCUGGGAUGUAUUCGCAAGGUAAUCGCACCGAGUACGAGGACGUCCUGCGUGAAUGCGAGGAAAUCCGUGCUGAGCACGACUCGAGAGUCGAUCGCGCUGUGCGAGCAGUGGCUAUGCUUCGCGAGAAGUAUGACUGGAAGGUGCGCGUUGCAGUCGACCAGGAAGAGCCCGAGGAACUCGAAUGGGAACCUCGGGGACCACACCUCGCCCCCGAAGAAGAGGCCGACGAGGAGGGGGCAAGCGAGGAAGGAGAGGGCGGGAAUAGCCCAGAGGGGGUUCAAAGUAAUGAUAGCGAUGAAGAGGAGGAGCUGGAAGAGGUUCUAGGAAACGGCGGCGACCAGACGCCGGAUGGGACUCCUAGAGGCCUGGAGCCCGUCACUCCUCAGCCCGCGCUCGAGGGAUCGUAGAGGAUCAAUUGCGCGAUCGCUAGCAUGUGCAGCUAUUCUCGUGGUGAGACUGUGCUCAGACCCGCGCCCGCUUCACAAAUCCCGGGCUAUGGACGGCCAUCCGAUUGCAUACCAUAUUAUCAGACAGUCCUUUAGGGCGCUGGAUUCUUGCCCCCAUUUCGCGUCACAAAUCCCGGGCUACGGACGGUAAAGUGUAUGCCUUUCAUGACAUGACGUUCUUCUAUUUCUAUCGACUCUUCCUAGGCCAUCCGAUUGCAUACUACCCUAUCAGACAGCCCUUGAGAACGCCGAAUUCUUGCCUCUCAUUUGGCGUCACACCAUG